AUGACCGGGGGAGGCGGCGGCGCGGCGCAGGGGAGGCCGGGAGGGGGCGCCUGGGCGGCGAUCGUUCUGCUUGCGACAUGGCUGCACGCGGCGUCAGGGCAGAGCCUUGACUGCCAAAAUUUCCUUGAGGCUGGAUCUGACGCUCCUCAGAUCGUUGUCACGAAUGAGACACUGCAGUUGGCCAAUAAUGACCUGCAGUCCCUCAUAAACUGUGUACCGGGAGGUACACUGACCCUUGACAUUCCCGAGGUGUCUGCAAGCGACACGCUCCUCUUGGGCAGUCCAGUGGCCAUCCGAUCAGCACCAGGCAGAAGGGAGAAAGUGAAGCUGGGAUGCCAAGAGGAGGGCAAGAGAGUGCUGGACAUCAAGACUGGAGGGGUGGAGAUCUCUGGCCUCUCCAUCAGUGGCUGCACAGCAAGCAAAAUCAUAAAAAUUAGUGACUGCCAGGAUGGGGGUGCCAGCAUCUCCGACUCUGAGUUUGCAAGCAAUGGGGCGCCUCGUGAGGAUGGUGUGAUUGAUGUGGAGGGACGUUGUUUACUCAUUUUGAACACAUCAACAAUCGUGAACAACACAGGAGGGGGGCUGGCUUUGGCUGGUGGGGUGUCGGCAGUUGUGACGCGCUGCACUUUCGAUGGGAACACGCGUGGUGGCAGCACUGGAGGUGCUGCCAUCAGCGCAAAGGGUGAAGCAACCCAGCUUGAGGCAGAUAAUGUUGUGUUCAUCAACAAUGCAGCCGACAAGACAGGGGGUGCUGUGGAGCUGGACGAUGGUGCCUCUGGAACCAUUAGGCACUGCAUUUUUGCCAACAACAGUGCCCAGACAUUUGGAGGAGCUGUUGCAGCUCUGGAAAACACAGCAAAAUCGGAGCUGGACUUUGAAAACACAACGUUUGUAAACAAUCGUGCGGAGGACGGUGGGGCCAUCUUCCUCCAAGGCAUCAAUCUCAGCUCAACGAUUGGUGGUGGGUGUAUUUUCACUGCCAAUGCUGCCGAUCGCUUCGGAGGAGCGAUAUCGGGUGACACCAAUGGGGAUCUUACUGUGGAUGGCGCUUCUUUUGCCAACAACUCAGCCAACAACACUGGUGGGGCAGUGUACUUGCUGGGAGCCUUUGAAGCGCACGUCGUGAGGUUCACUAAUACAAUUUUCGAAGAGAACGAAUCGCUGUCAGGAGGAGCGAUAUAUGUGGAGGGUCCCGAGUCAUUAGUAGAACUAGAUUCCGGUGUCAUUUUCACCAGAAAUGCUGCGUUGGCUGGGGGAAAAGAGGUGGGGGGCGGCGCUGUUGCCUUAACCAACGUGGGAAGGUCGCUCAUCAAUGGUGUGGAAUUCAAUUCCAACCUCGCAGAGGAGCUACCUGGAGGGGCGAUGGUGGUAGAGGCGUCCAAACCCAGUGAGGUGGAGCUCAUACAGUGCACGUUUUUGGAAAACGCUGUUGAGGGGCAUCGCAGGAUUGCAAAUGGCGGUGGUUUGCACCUUGAGGGAAGAAGUUUGUCCAUUACUAUCCGGGAUAGCGUCUUUGAGUCAAACAAGGUGGAUAGGGAUGGAGGGGGCAUUGCUGUGAAUGAGGUUGGCACCCUGGAAGUAGAUUCUGUGCUGAUUUCAGGCAACGUUGCGGGAAUGCUGGGAGGCGGGAUGGUUGUAGAGGCAGUCACAGAAGGAGGAAACGGAGUGAUACUGACCAGCGUCAAUUUCACUGGUAAUACCGCGGGUGGGGAUGAAGUCGAAACCAACCUGAGGUCAGAUUGCCGUGAGUUGUUGGCAGGCAUUGGCACAGGUGGCGGGCUUGCCAUGGAAGGUGACUAUGUGAAUUGCUCCAUCAGGGGAGGUUCAGUGUUCAGCCAAAACAGUGCCAUUGACGGAGGUGCCCUCAGCUUGACAAGAGGCCACAUGGUGAACCUGGAGGAUGUCCAGUUUUUCGAAAACGUUGCAGUAAGUGGGGGCGCCAUGCACCUUGCAGUUUUUGAGGGAACGAAGGGCAUAUCAGGCUCCCGCCUCGACUUCACCAAGAAUAGCGGAUGCCAAGGGGCAGCAGUCAGCAUCGUAUCAGAGGAUCGCUCAGUGCCAGGAGCGCCUGACCUACCCCAAAAUAGUGCACAACAGUCAGUCCCUGAAUUUGUGGUUUCCUUUGUCGAUGCUGCAUUUACCAUGAACAGCAUCAAAGCUGGUGGGAGUGGAGGCGGGGGGCUAUUUGUUGAUCACGUAGGCGUUGAAUGUACCAACUGCUCUUUUGUGAAGAACACCUGCAACAGCAGAGGGGCAUUGGGGGGGGGUGCGAUGGUGCUGCUGGAUUCCUCCCUCAACGUGAUAGACUCCAGGUUUGAGGGCAAUGAAGCAGGGGAAGGGGGUGCUGUGCACUGUGAGGGCUUCUUCCUUGGCCAAAGUUCACAGUUCUUGGCCAAUAGGGCACUGAGGAAUGGUGGAGCACUACGGGGCGUGGAGCGGCUGGUGGAGACAGAGGAUGGCAUGGGGCUGAAUGCUGUCAUGCUGAUGGACCUCACUGACUGCAAUGUGACUGAGAACACUGCUGCUGACAGGGGAGGUGGGGCGUUCGUGGCGCCCUCCGACGUCGGCAUCGGCAUGCUGGAGGGCCCCCGCGACUCCGAACUGGUGACCCCGUCCCAGGUCUUGAUGGCGCUCCGGAACUCCCAGUUCCUGGGCAACAACGCGGGCAUGUCCGGCGGCGCCCUCUUCUCCCACCUCCCCGAUGCCUUCGAGAUCAACUGCGUCCCCAAUGACAGCGAGCCCCUCACCUUCCGCUCGUUGGACGUGUUCCAGCCCGAGCUGUGCGGCUGGACCAACAACACGGUCGCCGAAUCGGGCUACGGUCCCGUCAUGGCGACGAUCCCGGUGUCCGCGAAGUUGGUGCCGGAUCGCAUAGAGGGCCACAGCAGCGGAAAGAUGCUGGAGACGGUGGUGGUGACCGUGGUGGACGCCGUGGGCCAGACGGUGAACAGUCGGGACACUCUGGUGGGGGUGACCGCGGACGAGAGGUUCGGCGCGCUGGUGUUCGGGCAGAGGGCCGCAGAAACGGAGGCUGGGAGGGCAAACUUUUCGGCGACGUUCCUUACGGCCCUCCCGGGGUCGUACGAGGUGAACUUCUCUUUCCCAGGCAUCAUGGCCCCGAUGGUGCUGCCUGUGGAGGUGCGCAACUGUGUGGUGGGAGAGGUGGAAAGGCUGGAGGAGAGGACCUGCAAAGUAUGCGAAACAAACCUGUUCAGUUUCAACCCAUUGGAGGAGGAGUGCCAGCCAUGCUCCGAGGCCAAUGCCUUCUGCAACGGUUCCACAAUAACCCCCCUGAAGGGAUACUGGCAUUCAACAUCGAGGUCUGUGCAGAUAAUCGAGUGCCUGCAUUUCGAACCCUGCGACUACAGAAAUAGAACAGAAAUACUGGCAAGUCUGGCAGCAGAAGCACAUGCUUCGAACAAGACUUUGAUGGGAGACGACUAUCCGUUGUGCGCUCCGGGGUACAAGGGAGUGCUGUGCGGGGCAUGCGAUGUGGGCUAUGGCAGACGGUCCUCAGGGACCUGCAGCGAGUGCCAAUCACGGCGUAAUUCUGCCAUUCUGAUCGCGUUUGCCUCCAUUUGGUCUACUCUGUUGAUUGCCUUCUUCGUGCGCAGUGUCCUACUGGACUCACAACGCUAUGACCAUCUCCUGAAGAAAAAGCUGGCAGAGGAGAGGUUGGCUCAGCAUGUGGCAGCCCAUGCUCCACCAGUGGAGAGCUUGGAGGGGCCAAUGGAGGAGCGGAUUGCAGGUGCCAGUAUGCCCCAUUCUGAUGAAAUCGACGAGUUGCCCAGCACAAGGCCACUGGCUGAGGAUGAGGGGGGGGAUGUGCGGCAGGGGGAGGAGAGGUUGAGCAGCAGGCAGCCGAGGCCCAAGAGGAACCUGGCCGGAAUGCCUCCCAAAUACAGGAAGACUCUGGCAGGGAUUGAUCAUAACUACAUCAGAGAGAACCGUGCUCCAGAGAUCUUCAAGAUCGCCCUGAACUUUCUCCAGCAGGUCAGCAUCGCACUGGCUAUCAAUUUGGAAUGGACAGAUGCCAUCCAGAGGAUGUUGGAAACAUUGGAUUUCGCUGGUGGGUUCUCCAACGCCAGCGCAUUCUUCUCAAUGGACUGUGCCCUGGCCCCAUCAUCUACGCCCAAGUCGAUCCGUCGCAUGCUUAUCAACCUGUCUUUCCCAUUCAUGCUCGUCACGUUCUGCACGAUCUUCUGGCUCACAAUCGCCCUCCUCAAGCCUGCCUCCCGGCGGGUUCUCAAGAGGCGCAUCAUCGUCACGGUCUGGGGCGUCCUCUACGUCUCAUACUUCGAAAUCACCUCCCGGCUCAUCCGCACCGCCUACUGUGUCAAUGCUGACGAUCGAGCUAUCGCUGACGCUCCUGACUCUAUCGCCUUUGACAGCUACUGGUCAGAAGACACUGACGUGAAAUGCUGGGAGGGGGAUCACCUGGCCCUCUUUGUGGGUUUCGCCCUGCCCCUCUUCUUACUCAUCCCUAUCGGCGUCCCCGUGUGGCUGAUCAGCUUCUUGUGGUUGAACCGCAAGCGCUUUGACGACCUGCGCUUCUUGGGGACAUACGGGGAGCUGUAUAAGGCCUUUAGAGCAAGGCAUGUGUACUGGGAGGCGGUCAUUAUGCUGCGAAAGGCACUGCUGUCCGUGGUGGUGGUGUGGAGGACGCCGCUGGGUGGUGAACUGCAAGGGGUGCUGGCUGUCAGCAUACUUGUUGUCAGCUGCUUUGCACACCUUGUGUUCAAGCCGUACAGUGAGGCGCUGUAUGGGUUGAACGAAUACGAGACCGUGGCACUGGGUGUCUCCCUGCAGAUCUAUUUGUCAGGCUUGAUCGUCAACAGUGACGGCACAAACGACGUGGCCCGCGUGAUCGUCUCUGUCCUCGCCGUGUUGUCCGUGACGGUCCUCCUGGCUGGCUUCCUGUGUGAGCUCAUCCGCGAGAGCCGCAACUACCUGGACUUCCUGCUGGACGAGAGGGAGCUGCUGAACGAGGCGGGUGAUGCGGGUGUGACGCAAAAGGUGGGCAUCCUGGGGAAGUACUACGUGGACAAGUCCAAGGAAGCGGUUGGGCAGUCAUUGGCACGGGUCAGCAGCACGGCGCAGAAUGUGCUGACCAGGAUCAGCGUCAGCGCACGGAGCACGGAGGGGGGUUCAGGCAGACCCGGCCUUGAAACCAAAUCGACUCCUCUGGAUCGGUCCAAGAACCGGCGAAGAGAGGGCAUGAGCGUCCUUAAGGAGACCGAAGCCAGCAGGAGGCAGCUGGGAAGCCAGUCAAUGGCUCCCAGCGCCUCGGCGGACAAGCUGGACAGCAUGCCCAACUUUUGA